AUGGCCGGUGAACUGGUUCAGAUUAUUCCUCCACCUGUUGCCAAAGCACUGCCGGAAUCCCAAGCGACGUCGAGUCGUUCGCUUCGGGAGGGAAAAAGGUGCAAUUCUUGUUUUGUCCUUGGUCUUUCUUUUCCCCCUUUCAAUAAACCAAAGCGAGUCGCACAGGAAAAUCAAAUUAAGGGAAAGCAAUGGAAGACGACGAGACAGAGAGGGGAUGCUGGUGGAGGAAGACGCCGCGUCGCCGCGUCGCCGCCGCCGCCUAAGAAGCCGGAGAAGUCGCCCUACGAAAUGCUUCAGGACAGCAAAUCCUCGGUGGAGGACAUAGUGGCGAAGAUGAUCGCCAUUAAAAAAGAAGCCAAACCUAAAUCGGAGCUCCGCGAGCUCGUCACUCAGAUGUUCCUCAACUUCGUCACCCUCCACCAGGCGAAUCGCUCGAUCUUGCUCGAGGAGGACCGAGUGAAGGCCGAGACGGAGAGAGCCAAGGCGCCGGUGGACUUGACAACGCUGCAGCUCCACAAUCUGAUGUACGAGAAGAGCCACUACGUGAAAGCCAUUAAAGCUUGCAAGGACUUCAAGUCCAAGUACCCGGACAUCGAGCUGCUGCCGGAAGAAGAAUUCUUUCGCGACGCACCGGCCAAUAUCAAGGAGCCAAUGCUGUCGAAUGAUGCCAGCCACGACAUUAUGCUCAAGAGGCUCAAUUUUGAGCUCCACCAGCGCAAGGAGCUCUGCAAGCAUCAUGAGAAGCUGGAGAUUCAUAAGAAGGGUCUGUUGGAGACGAUUGCAAAUCGGAAGAAGUUCCUGUCCAGCCUUCCUUCGCACUUGAAGUCGCUAAAGAAGGUUUCUUUGCUGGUGCAGAACCAGUUGGGGAUUCAGCAUACCUAGAAGCUCAAGCAGCACCACUCAGCGGAGUUGCUUCCGCCAGCUUUGUAUGUAGUUUACUCGCAGUUCAUGGCGCAGAAGGAGGCGUUUGACGAACAAAUUGAGUUGGAUGUAGUGGGGAGUGUGAAGGAUGCUCAAGCUUUUACCCACCAGCAAGCAAAUAAGGACACCGGCGUUGCUACCAAUGUAGAGACUAGUAGGGUGGAUGAUGCACCAGAUGAGGACGAUGAUGGGCAGAGAAGGAGAAAACGGCCAAAGAGGGUUCCAGUCAAGCAAAACCUUGAGCAGUCAGGAUUGUAUCAAGUUCAUCCGCUGAAAAUCAUCCUUCAUAUUUAUGAUGAUGAGGUUUCUGAUCCCAAGUCUGCAAAACUUAUCACACUCAAGUUUGAGUUUUUGUUGAAGUUGAAUGUUGUAUGCGUUGGAAUUGAAGGAUCCCAUGACGCAGCGGAAAAUAACAUCUUAUGCAACCUAUUCCCAGAUGACACUGGCCUUGAGCUUCCCCAUCAGAUACUAGUUUAUGACUCGUAGUUCUCAACCUGUUAGUGCAAACAUCUUGGAGUUCGACGACGAUUUUGAACGAACUUUGAAAAGGAAGAGGAAGCAACCAGAACCUAAUCCAAGUUCAGAGGCCAAAUCUGAAUUUGAAGAAGAAGAACAAGUCAUGGCAGUGGACAAUCGUACAAUCAAAGUACUUUCAGCCUCGGGGUUGGACAAUGUCGUGCCCCUUUGCAUUCAAUACCCCAUGGCUGCCCAAGGAAAGACCGAUGAGUUCGAGUUAAAGUCAAGCUUGCUGCAUCAUAUUCCCAAAUACCAUAGGUUGUUCAUGGAAGAUCCAAACAAGCAUUUGAAGGUGUUUGAAGUGAUGUGCUCAAGCAUGACACCCAUCAACGUUGAUUGGAGUAUUUUGAAAAUGAAAGCCUUUCCAUUCUCUCUUUUGGAAAAAGGCUAAUGAUUGGUUGUACGAAUUGGCACCUGGAACCGUUACUUCUUGGGAAAGCAUAAAGAGAGCAUUUCUAGAGAAAUUCUUUCCAACUUCAAGAGUCAUUCUUUUGAGGAAGAGGAUUAGUGGAAUCCAACAAAACUAAGGAGAAUCGUUUCCAGCAUAUUAUGAGUGUUUUAAACGUUAGUUGCAUCCUGCCCACAACAUCAAAUGAAGGAAGAGCUCUUGAUUCAAUAUUUCUACGAAUGACUCAUUCCAAUGGAGAGGCAAAUGCUUGAUGCUUCAGCGGGAGGUGUUUUGGUUGAUAAAACACCGGUGGCUACAAAGAUCUUAAUUGUAAAUCGAGCCUUGAAUGCACAACAAUAUGAAUGAGUUGGACAAAGAGACCCCACGGCAACAACAAGUGAAUGAGGUAAGUGCAAUUUCUGAACUUCAAUCUCAAAUGGCUAAUCUCACUGUUCUUUUGUCUCAGGUUGUUGAUGGAUCCAAAGUGCAAGGUGCGGCCAUGUGUGGAGUGUGCUCUAUGCAGGGGCAUCUCAAUGAUCAAUGCCCUCAAUUGAUAGAGAAUGGAGGAUGGGAAAAUGCAAAUGUCGUGGGCUACCAAGGUCAAAAUCAGUCACAGAAUGAUCCAUACUCUAACAUCUACAAUUCGGGCUGGAGAAAUCAUCCAAACUUAAAGUGGAGAGAGCCUCAACAACCUCAACAACAAGGAAGAUAUAGACAGCCACCUCCGGGGCUCUAUCAAAGGUCAUUCGCACUACCACAAGUACCACCACAAUCUGCCCCAACAAAUUCAGGUACGUCGUUGGACAAUGAUAAAAUUCUUCAAGUACUAGCCUCUUUGACUCAGGGAAUACAAAAUCAAGCUAAAGAGAUGGACGAAUUGAAGAAACAAAUGGGGCAAGUAGCAGAGUUCAUGGGACAGUUUAGAGAACAAGGCAAACUGCCUAGUUCAACCAUUAUCAAUCCAAAAUGAGGUUUUGAAACCGCUAAGGCCAUCACAUUGAGAAGUGGAAGAGAGGUUGGAAUCAAGCCAAACACGUCCAAAUCAAGU